AUGGCCGAAGUUUUUGCUCGCACCAACAUUGGAGCGGAUCUGAGGCCUUCGCUGGCGAUGCCAGUCUCAAACUCUCUCAUUGUCUCCAGCUCUCCGCGGCGUGCUCGCUCGCGUUCUCUCAUCUCUGUUCUGUCGCGUUCUCGAGUCUCAGUCUCCGCCAGACCGCCACAACCAACAAAUCCGAAUCUGACUCCUUCGGUGAAGACUGAUGAGAGUCUCUCACAGUCCCAGUCGAAAUCUCGGGUUCUCGACUCUCAGUCGCUUAAUCUCAGCUCAAUCUCGCACUCACCGACCAUAGCGCUUGACUGCUUGUGCGUUCUUCACUACUCGACCCCUGUGAGAGCACUGAAAGAUCCAGAUCUACCGUUAGGUUGUCUUAGCUCUCACUUCUGUUCUCAGCCCGUCUCCUUCUUAGUUCUCGCUUCUUGUUCUCAGACUUCUCUCUCUCCUCCUGGUCUCUUCUCUGCUUGCAGCUCGCAGCCUCACACAUUACCUGUUCAAAUUUUUUGGAUUUCUUCUCCCUUCACCGUCGUCCUUGGUCGUUCGCCUUUGGUGACUGUGGAAGUGUCAAAACCUUCCUCCUCCGACAGUGUGGCAGCGUGUAUGUAA